AUGUGUGGCAAGUCCUACAAAUACAGGCAGUCCCUCUAUAAGCACAAAACUUUCGAAUGCGGCAAACCGCCAACGUUCAAGUGCCCCUACUCUUACUGCUCUUACAAGGGCCAACUCUUCACUUGUCCAGAUUGUUGUAAAAUAUACGCGCGUAAAACCUCUUUGCGCAACCACAGGAAGUUUGAGUGUGGCAAAGAAGCCACCCAUUUCUGCACACUGUGUCCCUACAAGACCAAAAUCAAGGGAAACUUUCAUAAUUAUAAGUACGUUGCGGGCCACAUUCACCCUUGCACGAGGUGUGGCAAACCGUACAAGUCCAAAAAAGCCAUGAUGACACAUUUAAAGUUCUCCUGCGAGAAUCAUCGCAGCUUCUUUUGCGGUUUGUGCAACGCGGCUUAUUUUUAUAAGCACCACUUGCAGCGCCACAUGAAACAACACCAGAAAAUUUAG